AUGUGGUUGUCACGGGGGCUUCUUGCCUCUACACUCCUUACCGCCAUCAAGGCACAAGAUGAUAACAACGACGACAUUCCUUCACUUGAUAUCCCGGACCUCGCAACACAGAUCCGAGGUUCUAUCUUUGCUGUGUCUCUAAUUCCCCAUGCCGAGACAACCCUGAGCGGAGGUCAUGGCACUCUCAACGACAACGAUGACGCCUUUCCCGCUACUGCUUUUCCUCAUGAUCAGUCCGCCCCUGGCGGAGCUUCUCCCAACACACUAGUGGCCCAGCAGCCACCCACCAUCACGAUCCCACCCUCUACCGACUAUCCUUACGAGAGAAUCAUCAAGGCGUACACAGGGACGCGAACCAUCAUCAAUGUUGUCACUACGAUUGCCGAGCCAGACGGAACACGAGCCGGUACAGUCAUUGUCGAGCUUGCUAGCACACUUUAUUCGGCCUUCACACCUGGACAGUCCGGCGCUUUGACGAUCCCUCCUUCGUUGGAGGAUCCCAUGUUCACUGUCAUCCAGGCUUUCCCUGGACCUACGACUCUGCCACCCAGAACGAUUACUAUUUCUGCUUCAGGAACGAACCCUGGAACUGUCAUUAUUCAGACUCCUUGGCCUGAGACACCAAACACGGCUACACCUGGAUCUCCUGGUGCACCCGAUGCUGGCUCUCCUGAUGCUGGCUCUCCUGAUGCUGGCUCUCCUGAUACUGGCUCUCCUGGCUCUGGAUCUCCGGAUUCAGGAGCUCCUGGUGCUGGUUCUCCCGACUCUGGUUCGCCUGGCGCUGGCUCUCCAGACUCCGGUUCUCCUGGUGCAGAUGUUCCUGGAGCAGGUUCUCCUGAAUUACCAGGAUCUGCCGACACUUCUAACGUCGUCAUCAUCCAGACUUACACUGGUACUGUCUCCAUCACUCGACCCGUCCUCACUACCAUCACGGCACCUGGCGGCGGUCAGGGUACUGUCGUCAUCCAGGUUCCUCCUGGAACUCAGGGUGCUGGCGAAACCGUCACGAUUCCUCCCAGCGCCGACAGCCCUUUCACCACCAUCCUCCGUCCUCACACUGGGCCUACUCCUAUCUCCACGGCAGUCACCAUCCUCAUUCCCCCGACCGCAGGAGGAGAUGGCGGAACUAUCGUUAUCGAGACUCCGACUCCCGAUAGUGGUGAUACGGGAAUCAUCGAUCCCGGAAACAAGGUCGCUGAGCCUGGCAAUGAGCUGCCAACUGGGCAGAGGAACGUCGUAGUCACUCUUCCAUCAGACCCCAACAGCCCGUUCGUCACGGUUGUGCAGGGACAUGACGGAACUGACACGAUUACGGUGCCGACCACUAUCACGAUUCAGCCCAGCGGAGGCGAGAAGGGAACCAUCAUUAUUGAGACUCCCAACGCGCCGGCUCCGACUCAAGGUUCGCCGAUUACGAUCGCGCCUGGCCCUGGCGGCUCCACUACCACGAUUGUGAGGGAGCACACCGGUGAUCCAAUCACGGUUCCUACUACCAUCACAAUCACUGGAGCACCUGGGCAACCCGGCACGAUCAUCAUCGAGACCCCGAGCCCGAAUAGCCCUCAGACCAGAGUUCGAUCUCCUGAUGAGCCCAUCACCAUCCCGAGUGGCCCAGACUCUCCUACAACCAUCUUCCGACCCCAUGUUGGUGAUCCCAUCACCGAGCCUAUUACUCUCACUAUUGCGCCCUCGGGAGGUCAGCCUGGUACAGUCGUCAUCGAGACCCCUGCUCCAUCUACUCCCCAGCCGGGCCAGGAGACCAUCACAAUUCCCGCUGGUGGUGAUAAUCCAUGGGCGACCAUUGUUCGGCCUCAUCCUGGUGACCCGAUCACGUCUGCUAUUACCAUCACGCAGACCCCAGUUGGAGACCAGCCCGGUACCAUCAUCAUUGAGACUCCUGUCACCAAGGUCCAGCAGACCCCAACUGCCCAGACCCCCUCUGGCGCUCAAACUUCACCUGGAGCUCAGACCGGGCCUGAUGGAUCUGCUCAGACUUCUCAGCCUGGUGAUUCUGGUAAUGGCGAGCUCACGAUUCCUCCUAGUCGUGACAACCCUUAUAUCACCAUCUACCGGCCUCACACUGGUGAUCCUAUCACCGCGGCUAUUACCAUUACUCAGACUCCUGCGAAUGGACAGCCGGGUACCAUCAUCAUUGAGACUCCAGCGACCAGGCUCGACAACCCGGCCGGCACUGAGCCCAUCACUAUCCCGACUGCUUCUGAUAGGCCCUACGUGACAAUCUACCGACCUCACGAGGGAUCGCCGAUUACUGAGCCGAUCACCAUCACCCAGCCUCCCGCCAAUGGUCAGCCCGGAACUAUCAUCAUUGAGACUCCGGCACCCGAGGUCACCGUGGCUCCCACCUCUUCGGGCGGUCUUGUCACUGUCUUCCGUCCGCACACGGGUGACCCUAUCACGGCUCCCAUCACCAUUACGGAUGGCAGCAUCGUCUACAUCGAGACUCCCCCGCCGGUCAAGUGGGCUCAGACUCAGAGCUCAGCUCAGCAGCCAACCACCGUCUCUGGUUCAGAUGGAUACAUCACCAUCUACACCCCGUAUCCCGGCCCUGGAACGAUUGAUACUCCUAUUACCAUCGUCACUCCCCCUCGGGAUGGUCAACCUGGAACGGUUCUGAUUGAGACGCCUGUGCCACAGACCCCCACCCAGGGCCCGGUCGAAACGCCAGAGCCCGCGACCACUGUGUCUGGCUCGGAUGGUUACGUGACGAUCUACACUCCUUACCCAGGACCUGGCAAGAUCUCGUCGCCUAUCACCAUCAUUACUCCCCCUCAGGGAGGUCAGCCCGGAACUGUUCUCAUUGAGACUCCAGUUCCCGACCCGACUCAACCUCAACAGAGUGAUCCGGCUACUGUUACCGAUCCUGAGCGAUGGGUUACCAUCUACACGCCUUUCCCAGGCCCCGGUACGAUUUCGCAGCCCAUCACCAUCACUCAGCCUCCUGCGAAUGGACAGCCUGGUACUAUACUCAUUGAGACGCCAGUUCCUCAGAGUUCGAGCCCUUCCAACUUUUACGUGACUGUCUACCGGCCUUACCCAGGCCCGGGGACUAUUACUACACCCAUCACUCUGACCCAGCCCCCUGCCAAUGGUCAGCCCGGUACUAUCUUUAUUGAGACUCCUGCUCCUCCUACGCAGACUCCGACCCCAACUGUGCCACAGACGUCGGCUGGGCCUAUCACUAUCCCUCCAGGUCCUACUGGUUCCUACGUGACCAUCUACAGACCUUAUCCAGGUCCUGGCACCAUUACUGCGCCCAUCACAUACACCCAGCAGCCUUCCAAUGGACAGCCUGGCACCGUCAUCAUUGAGACUCCCGUGUCGGCGGCUCCUUCAACGACCGAGACUCCUGGUGGAACGCUCACCGUUCCGACUGCUUCGGAUCGGCCAUAUGUCACCAUCUACCGACCUUACCCAGGUCCCGGUAACAUUGACCAUCCUAUCACCAUGACGCAGCCUCCCGUGAACGGCCAGCCUGGAACUAUCAUUAUCGAGACCCCAACUCCGGUUGUCUUUACUAAGUUCCAGCCUACCAGCCAGCCUCCAGUCACGAUCCCAGCUGGCGAUGAUAACUACAUCACUAUCUACCGACCUCACACCGGAGCUCCUAUCACUGCGCCAAUUACGGUCACUACGAUCGCCCCCUCAGGCGGGCAGCCCGGCACAGUGAUUAUCGAGACUCCGGCUGUUGUUGAGUCGACUGAGGCUCAGACCACUAGCGACUCGGCUGUUACCAUUCCUCAGGGUCAGGAUGGAUAUGUGACUGUUUAUCGACCGCACACUGGUUCUCCCAUUACGGCGCCGAUUACUGUCACUACCAUCCUUCCCUCGGGAGGUCAGCCUGGUACUGUGAUCAUUGAGACCCCAGUUCCAGUGGAUCCCACUCAGCCUGAGACAACGACUGCUCCUCCGCCGGUUACGAUUCCUGCUGAUCAGGGUGGCUAUGUUACCAUCUACAGGCCUUAUCCAGGCCCCGGCUCUAUCACGGCUCCCCUCACUGUUGGAACUAUCGCUCCUUCAGGUGGUCAACCCGGUACUGUCAUCAUUGAGACGCCAGUUCCCCAGACCCCCACUGAGACUCAGUCUCCACCGGUCACUGUUCCUCAGGGCGACGAUGGUUAUGUAACGGUCUAUCGUCCAUAUCCUGGCCCUGGAGUUAUCACAGCGCCUCUGACGGUCACAACCAUUGCUCCCUCUGGUGGACAGCCAGGCACUGUUAUCAUCGAGACACCAGUGCCGCAGACACCGGCGCCAACUCAGUCGGCGACCCUCACUGUUUCCGAUGACCAGAAUGGUUACAUCACCAUCUACAGGCCAUACACUGGAGCGAGUGCCAUUACGGCCCCGAUCACGGUCACCACCAUUCCCCCAUCUGGUGGACAACCAGGAACGGUCAUCAUUGAGACCUUGGUGCCUCAGACUCCUACUGAGACUCAGUCCUCUGGCAACCCUCCAGUGACGAUCCCUCCUGGUCCUGAUAACUCGUAUGUAACGGUCUAUCAGCCGUAUCCUGGUCCUGGAGUCAUCACGGCUCCUGUCACAGUCACUACUAUCGAGCCCUCUGGUGGACAGCCUGGGACUAUCAUCAUUCAGACUCCCGUCCCCUCGACACCGACGCCGACUGCCGACCCUCCUGUCACUAUUCCUCCUGGCCCUGAGAACUCGUACGUCACGGUCUAUAGGCCUCACGUGGGUCCCGACCAGAUCACUGCGCCUAUCACCGUCACCACCAUCGAGCCGACCAACGGCCAACCUGGAACCAUCAUCAUCGAGACCCCUGGCCUGCAGACUGGCAACAAGGUCAACAUCCCGCCAGUCACACUUUCUCCCGGCCCACAGGAGACCUACGUCACGGUUUACAGGCCUCACACUGGGGCCGACGUUAUCACUGCUCCCAUUACGGUCACGACCAUCGCUCCUUCAAAUGGCCAGCCGGGAACAGUUAUCAUUGAGACCCCUGAGCCUCAAUCUCCUGAGUCGAACCCUACGGUGACGAUUCCUCCUGGUCCGGAGGAGUCUUAUGUGACUGUGUUCCGACCUCAUACUGGAGCCGAUGUGAUUACUGCACCUAUAACCAUCACAACCAUCGCUCCAUCUGGUGGUCAGCCCGGUACUGUGAUCAUCGAGACCCCAGUUCAGCCGGAUCCUACCACCACCACACCAGAGGCGGCUCCUACAACUAUUUCUUCGCCCGGCGCCUCGUACAUCACUGUCUAUCGCCCUCAUACCGGCGUGGACGUGAUUACUGCACCCGUCACUGUCACCACAAUCCCUCCUUUUGGUGAUCAGCCAGGAACAGUUAUCAUCGAGACUCCCAUCGAGGCCCAGCCUACCUCAACCCAAGAGGCUCCCUCGACGGUCUCCUCGCCUGGUGCUUCUUAUAUCACUGUCUAUAGACCACAUACUGGGCCUGAUGUGAUCACAGCCCCAGUCACUGUUACCACUAUCCCGCCAUCUGGGGAUCAGCCUGGUACCGUGAUCAUUGAGACUCCCGCACUAGUCGAGCCCUCAACUUCGGCUGAUGAGCCUACUACGGUAUCUUCACCUGGUGCUACUUACGUAACUGUCUAUAGGCCGCACACUGGACCCGACGUCAUCACCGCGCCGGUCACAGUUACUACGAUCCCUCCUUCCGGAGAUCAACCCGGUACAGUCAUCAUCGAGACCCCCACCGACCCCGAGUCCACUCCGGCCCCGGCUCCGGCCCCACCUUUGACCACCUCUCGUCCCGGCGCGUCUUAUCUCACCGUCUAUCGCCCUCACACCGGAGCGGACGAGAUCACGGGUGAGAUUACGAUUACGACUAUUGACCCUACAGAUGACGGACCCGGGACCAUUAUCAUCGAGACUCCGAUUCAGAGGGUGGCUGUGCCAACAACCUCCUCUCAAGCUGACUACUAUGUUACAGUUUACCGACCUCACGAGGGUCCAGACGUUAUCACAGAGCCAGUGACUGUCACCACCAUUGCACCAUUGGAUGGACAGCCUGGUACUGUGAUUAUUGAGACCCCAGGUCCGCAGGCGCCUCCAGUGACCACUUCUGGCCCUGCUCCUUCGUACAUCACCAUCACUCGCCCCUACACUGGCCAAGAUGUCAUCACGGCACCGAUCACCGUCACCACGAUUCCUCCUCAGGGCGACGAGCCUGGUACCGUGAUCAUAGAGACGCCAACGGAACAGGCCGCGCCCGUCACUUCUGCCGGCCCUGCCCCGUCCUACGUCACAGUGUAUCGGCCGCAUACCGGUCCUGACGUUAUCACGGAGCCAGUCACGGUCACGACUAUCGCUCCUACCGGAGACCAGCCCGGUACGGUCAUCAUUGAGACCCCAGGUCCACAGGCGCCUCCAGUGACAACUCCCGGUCCUGCUCCUUCGUACAUUACGAUCUAUCGACCGUACAGCGGAACGGAUGCGAUCACUGGUCCCGUUACCGUCACCACGAUUGCCCCCGAGGGAGACCAACCCGGCACAGUCAUCAUCGAGACCCCUGGUCAAGCGCCUGCCACCACCACCUCUGGUCCUGCUCCUUCGUGGAUCACAGUGUAUCGACCUUACUCUGGCGUUGACAUUAUCACGGCUCCUAUCACCGUUUCAACCAUCCAGCCAGACGGCGACCAGCCCGGUACCAUCAUUAUUGAGACUCCUGUUGAGCGAGUUGCCGCAACCACGUCGACCUACGAGCCAUUCUAUGUCACCGUUUUCCGACCUUAUCCUGGUCCAGGCCAGAUUGAUGCGCCUAUCACGGUGACUACCAUCGCUCCCGAGGGAGAUCAACCAGCCACUCCGGAACCUUCAUACGUGACGGUAUUCCGACCUUAUACCGGAACCGGCUUCAUCACCGAACCUACAACUGUCACAACGAUUGAGCCCCAAGGCGGCCAGCCUGGAACCGUCAUCGUUGAGACUCCCGGUCAAGCCCCUCCCGUCACGGCUAGCCCCGAACCUGAGCCGUCCUACGUCACGGUUUAUCGCCCGUAUCCCGGCCCCGGUGAAAUUACUGCUCCCAUCACUGUCACGACGAUUCCUCCUUCAGGAACCAAUCCAGGCACAGUCAUCAUUGAGACCCCUGCCCCGGUCACAAGCAGUUCCGAGCCUGAACCCUCUUAUGUUACUGUCUAUCGCCCUUACCCUGGCCCCGGCGAAAUCACCGCUCCUGUUACCCUCACGACUAUUGAGCCUUCAGGAACAGAGCCAGGAACGGUCAUCAUCGAGACUCCCGGCCAAGCCCCUCCUGUCACUAGUAGUCCUCAGCCAGAGCCGACCUAUGUGACAGUGUAUCGCCCAUACCCUGGCCCUGGAGAGAUUACCGCUCCUGUCACGGUCACUACCAUCGAGCCUUCUGGCACCGAGCCCGGUACAGUUAUCAUUGAGACCCCAGGCCAGGCUCCCCCAGUUACCUCCAGCCCUGAGCCUGAGCCGUCUUAUGUCACGGCCUAUCGCCCGUACCCAGGUCCUGGCGAGAUCACUGCUCCAGUCACUGUGACAACUAUCGAGCCCUCGGGAACCGAGCCGGGAACAGUCAUCAUCGAGACCCCCGGACAGGCUCCUCCUAUCACAUCUUCCCCCGAGCCUUUGUACAUCACUGUGUAUCGGCCUUAUCCUGGCCCCGGCCAGAUUACCGAGCCUGUGACCGUCACGACGAUCGAGCCUCAAGGAACCGAGCCAGGAACCGUCAUCAUCGAAACGCCUGGACAAGCUCCCCCUGUUACAACUGCCGAGCCCUCGUACAUCACAGUAUAUCGCCAAUACCCUGGCCCAGGCCAAAUCACUGGCCCUAUCACUGUGACGACAAUCGAGCCAUCAGGUACUGAACCUGGCACGGUUAUCAUCGAAACGCAAGGACCCAUCACAACUGCCGAGCGGACCUAUGUCACGGUCUAUCGUCCUUACCCAGGCCCUGGCCAGAUUACUGAGCCAGUGACCGUCACCACGAUUGAGCCAACAGGUACCGAGCCUGGCACAGUUAUCAUCGAGACUCCUGGUCAGGCACCUCCUGUGACCACUCGCCCCGAGCCCUCUUGGAUUACCAUCUUCAGGGCCUAUACCGGAACCCCCAUGAUCACUGAGUCUACUACGGUUACCACAAUUAACCCUCAGGGUGACGAGCCCGGCACGGUCAUCAUUGAGACUCCCGCUCCAGUUACGAGCAGCCCUGCUCCAUCUUGGAUCACCAUCUUCAGACCAUACACUGGAACCCCCAUGAUCUCUGAGCCCACAACCGUCACGACCAUCGACCCCCAGGGUGACCAGCCCGGAACAGUUAUCAUUGAAACUCCCGGACAGGCGCCGCCGAUCACUGCCACCCCUGAGCCUUCUUGGAUCACGAUCUAUAGGCCAUACAUAGGAACCCCUCCCAUUACUGAGCCUACCACAGUCACAACCAUCGAUCCUCAAGGCGAUCAGCCUGGUACGGUCAUUGUUGAGACCCCUGGCCAAGCUCCUCCUGUUACCGCUAGCCCCGAGCCUUCUUAUGUCACCGUUUACAAGGCUUACACCGGAGUCGACCCCAUCACUGGUCCUGUCACUGUCACGACGAUUCCUCCUGACGGCGAUCAGCCCGGCACUGUGGUUAUCGAGACUCCCGUCCCGGUCACCACUUCUGCUGCGCCAUCGUACAUCACGGUCUUCAGACCGUAUACUGGAACCCCUAUGAUCACCGGCCCCGUCACUGUCACGACCAUUGAGCCCCAAGACGACCAACCCGGCACCGUCAUCAUUGAGACACCCGGCCAGGCGCCCCCGAUCACGGCUACACCCGAGCCUUCAUACGUCACCGUGUAUAGGCCUUACCCAGGUCCUGGAGAGAUCACUGCUCCGGUCACGGUCACAACUAUUGAACCUCAGGGAGACGAACCCGGCACUGUGAUUAUCGAGACACCCGGUCAAGCGCCCCCAGUGACUGCAGCUCCUGCAGCAGAGACCACUGAGGCGCUAACGACCACUUCUCCGCCAACGUACAUCACAGUGUUCCGACCUUAUCCUGGCCCCGGUAUCAUUACUGCACCUUUCACGGUUACCACUAUCGAACCUCAAGGUGAUCAACCCGGCACUGUGAUCAUCGAGACACCUGGCGAAGCACCUCCUGUUACUGCUACGCCCGAGCCUUCUUAUAUCACGGUCUUCAGGCCUUAUCCCGGUCCUGGCGAAAUCACUGCUCCUGUCACGGUUACUACGAUUGAACCCCAAGGAGAUCAACCUGGUACCGUCAUCAUUGAGACGCCCGGCCAGGCAGCUCCUGUGACAGCAGCUCCCGCCUCCUAUGUGACAGUCUACACACUCUACACUGGAGCUGAGCCCAUCACUGGACCUAUCACAGUGACCACCAUUCCCCCUCAGGGUGACGAACCCGGAACCGUUGUCAUCGAGACCCCUGGUCCAGAGCCGACUACUUCUCGCGAGCCUUCGUACAUCACUGUCUAUAGGCCUCACUCUGGCCCUGACGUGAUCACUGCGCCAGUCACUGUUACGACUAUUGAGCCUCAAGGCGAUCAACCCGGUACAGUCAUUAUCGAGACUCCGGGUCAGGCACCGCCAGUCACAACAGCCGAGCCUUCUUACAUCACCAUCUGGAGGGCUUACACCGGUGUUAACCCUAUCACAAACUCGAUCACGGUUACGACGAUCUCGCCUCAGGGAGACCAGCCAGGAACAGUCAUCAUUGAGACCCCUGUUCCUCAGCCAACCACUUCUGCCGAGCCCUCGUACAUUACGGUCUAUCGACCCUACCCAGGACCCGGCCAAAUUACUGCCCCUGUCACCGUCACGACUAUCGAGCCGCAAGGCGAUCAGCCCGGUGCGGUUAUCAUCGAGACUCCCGGUCAAGCUCCGCCUAUCACGACCUCUGAUCCUGCUCCUGAGCCUUCAUACAUCACAGUGUAUAGGCCUUAUCCAGGACCUGGACAGAUCACGGCGCCGGUCACAGUCACCACCAUCGAGCCUUCUGGCACCGAGCCUGGUACGGUUAUCAUCGAAACGCCGGGUCAGGCUCCUCCCAUCACGACUUCAGAGCCUACCCCUGAGCCUUCCUAUAUUACUGUCUAUAGGCCUUAUCCUGGCCCCGGCGAGAUUACGGCGCCAGUUACGGUUACAACCAUCGAGCCUUCAGGAACGGAGCCUGGCACAGUUAUCAUCGAAACCCCUGGCCAGGCUCCUCCGAUUACCACUUCGGAAGCCCAGCCUACAUACAUUACGAUUUACACACCAUAUCCAGGUCCUGGUCAGAUCACUGCUCCGAUCACCGUUACGACGAUCGAACCUCAAGGAACCGAGCCUGGCACAGUCAUCAUCGAGACCCCAGGCGAAGCACCACCGAUCACGACUUCGGAGCCCGCACCUGAACCCUCUUACGUCACGGUCUACAGACCUUAUCCGGGUCCCGGCCAGAUUACUGCACCGGUUACGGUCACAACCAUCGAACCCCAAGGAACCGAACCCGGAACGGUUAUUAUCGAGACCCCCGGGCAAGCUCCUCCAAUCACCACCGCAGAGCCCUCAUACAUCACAAUCACCAGGCCCUACAGUGGUGUCAAUCCUAUCACGGGUCCCAUUACCGUCACGACUAUCCCUCCCACUGGUACCGAUCCCGGCACAGUCAUUAUUGAGACACCUGUGGCUCAGACAACUUCGGAAUUCGACCCAUCGUACAUCACAAUCACUCGGCCGUAUCGUGGCAUUGACCCCAUCACUGGGCCCAUCACGGUUACAACGAUUCCACCGACAGGCACUGAUCCUGGUACCGUCAUCAUUGAGACUCCAGAGGCCCAGCCCACGACCGAGUUUGAUCCUUCGUACAUCACUAUCACUCGAGCCUACCGUGGCGUUGAUCCUAUUACUGGCCCCAUCACCGUAACGACUAUCCCUCCCACUGGCACUGACCCUGGCACCGUUAUUAUUGAGACCCCAGUGGCCCAGACGACUUCGGAGUUUGAACCUUCAUACAUCACCAUCUACAGGCCUUAUAGUGGCGUCGAAAUCAUUACUGCCCCAACCACGGUUACAACCAUUCCUCCUCAAGGAACCGACCCUGGAACCGUUAUCAUCGAAACCCCGGGUCAAGCACCACCGAUCACUACAUCUGAUCCCGAGCCUUCGUACAUCACAAUCACUCGGCCUUAUACUGGCGCUGAGCCCAUCACGGCCCCGAUCACCGUCACCACUAUUCCUCCAACUGGCACCGACCCAGGCACAGUCAUCAUUGAGACGCCCAGCACGGAGACUCCCACUGCAAACGCUCCCGUGACUGUCCCUGCUGGAGACGAUUCUUAUGUGACCGUCUUCCGUGCUCACACUGGCCCUGAUCGCAUCACCGCGCCCGUCACGGUUACCACUAUUGCUCCUGCAAAUGGCCAACCUGGCACCGUCAUCAUCGAGACUCCGGAUGCCACCACUGAGGCUGCUCCGACCACCAGCGCUCCUGAGCCUACCUACGUGACCAUCUACAGACCUUACACUGGUUCUGACACAAUCACCGCUCCGGUCACUGUCACCACUAUUGCUCCCACCAAUGGCGAGCCCGGAACCGUCAUCAUCGAGACCCAGGUGCCCCAGACUCAGAGCGAUUCGUAUGUCACAGUUUACAGGCCAUACACUGGAACAGCUUCCUACUCUGAGCCUAUCACCGUCACAACGAUCGCUCCCACCAACGGUGAGCCAGGCACUGUCAUCAUCGAGACCCUGGCGCCUCAGACCGAGUCUCCCGAGACUACGACUGAGCCUCCUGCGAUCACGAUUCCUCCUUCUGAUAAUAGCCGCAAUGUCACCGUCAUCCGACAGUACCCUGGCCCUGGCACAAUCGACUCGCCCAUCACUUCUUACGAGCCCCCAAGCGGUCCUGGGGAGCCCGGUACCGUCAUUAUUGAGACUCCGGCUCCUGCUCCAGCCACCACGAGCGAAGAUCCUGGUCGCAAUGUGACUGUCUACACAGCUGGCCCCAGCACUCUGACUGAGCCUUACACCACAUACUCUCCUCCUGGCUCACCCGGCGACCCAGGCACUGUCAUCAUUGAAACUCCUGUUCCUCAGACAACCGAUGAAGGUCGCAAUGUGACUGUCUACACUCCAGGUCCUCCUUACUUGACGGCUCCCUUGACCCGAUUCCAGCCUGCUACGGCUGCCGGCGAGCCUGGUACUGUGAUCAUCGAGACGCCAGUCCCAACUACAGCUGAAGAGCGCAAGGUGACCAUCUACACGGCUGGUCCUUCAACUCUCACUGAGCCUUAUACUACCUACGUGCCGCCUGCGACCCCUGGCGACCCUGGCACUGUUAUCAUUGAGACGCCUGUUCCUAUGACGGCCGAGGAGCGCAACGUGACUAUCAUCACGGAGGGACCUGAGUCUCUCACUGCGCCAUUCACUACCUACUCGCCUCCAGGUUCUCCAGGCGAUCCCGGUACUGUCAUAAUCGAGACACCAGGACCUCGCAAUGUCACCAUUACUCGACCCGGCCCCGAGUCUCUCACGGCUCCUUUCACAACCUACUCACCACCUGGCAGCACGGGCGAUCCUGGUACAGUCAUUGUUGAGACUCCAGGCCCAGGUAACGUCACUAUCACCAGAGAAGGCCCUACCUUCUUCACCACCUACUCGCCUCCAGGUGCUUCUGGUGAUCCCGGAACUUUCAUCAUUGAGACUCCUGCUGAGCGCAAUGUCACUGUCAUUGAAGAAGGCCCCGAGGAGCUCACGGAGCCUCACACUACAUACUCGCCUCCUCGAUCGGCCGGUGACCCUGGAACUAUUAUCAUCGACACUCCUCGAGCACGCCUUGCGGUCCGGCCAACCACAACUACACCCGAGCCCGAAACCACUUCCACUGAGGCUGCGACCAUCAACACGCCAACGGCCCCGACAGCUUCUACCACUGAGCCCAUCACGGAGCCAGCCUCGACUGACGAUGGCACCACCAGCAACCCUGAUGCUCUCACCAUCACUCCCGAUGACAAGCACGACCAUAUCACUGUGGUUGAGCCCAACACUGAGUAUCCCGGUGUUACUGACAACAUCACUCACAUUAUCCCUCCCACUGAUGGCCAACCGGGAACUCAUGUCAUCUACACGCCAGUCACAGACACUGCUGAGUCUACGUCCGAGUCAACCUCAGAUUAUGUCACGAGAUUCGAGACUAUCACUAUUCCCGGUGAUCCGUCUACACUCACAAAGAACGAUACUGCUUCCGGCGACCCCGAGACCACCGGCGUGGAGACCAACACCAUCAUCAUUCCCCCAUCCGGCACCGAGCCUGGAACUGUCCUCGUUCACACCAGUGUCUAUCUGGAUCAGACAUUGGCCCAACACGGCAACGUCACCAUCACCCGGGCUGGACCUCCCGGCGUCACCACUCCUUUCACCACUUACGAGCCGCCGGCUCAAGAAACCGAUCCUGGCACCAUCAUCAUUGAGACGCCAGAUUACAAUGUUACCAUCACUAGAGCCGCCCCUGAGUCUAUCACAACCACAUUCACCACCUACUCACCACCGGCCAACCCCGGUGACCCAGGCACGGUUAUCGUUGAAACCCCUGAUUACAACGUCACUAUCACUAGGGAGGCGCCCGCUUCCAUCACUACUCCUUUCACUACCUACAACCCACCUGGAACACCUGGUGAUCCCGGUACUGUUAUUGUCGAGACCCCCAACGGCGACUAUAACAUCACCAUCACCAGGGCUGCUCCUCAGUCAGUCACUACUCUCUUCACUACCUACUCGCCACCCGCUUCCAAGGGUGACCCAGGCACCAUCAUUGUUGAGACGCCUGACUAUAACGUCACUAUCACUAGAGAAGCUCCAGCUUCUAUCACUACUCCGUUUACUACUUAUAACCCCCCUGGCACGCCUGGUGAUCCUGGCACAGUUGUCGUCGAGACUCCCAACGGCGAUUACAAUGUCACCAUCACCAGAGCUGCCCCUGCCUCUAUCACAACUCCGUUCACGACCUAUUCGCCUCCAGCUACCCCAGGCGACCCCGGCACGGUUAUCGUCGAGACUCCCGACUACAACGUCACGAUUACCAGGGCCGCUCCUCCUUCGGUCACCACGCCGUUCACAACUUACUCACCCCCCGGAACUCCUGGCGACCCCGGAACCGUCAUUGUCGAGACCCCCGACUACAACGUCACCAUCACUCGGGCUGGUCCUUCAUCGGUUACCACACAGUUUACCACCUACUCGCCGCCAGGCUCUGCAGGUGAUCCCGGCACUAUCAUCAUUGAGACUCCAGACUACAAUGUGACGGUUACGCGAUCUGGACCUACCUCGUGGACAACCUAUUCGCCACCGGCUUCGGCUGAUGAUCCAGGAACCAUCUUCAUUGAUGUUCCUGAGGAUAGAGUGGCUGAUCCAACUACAUCUGAUGAGCCUACCACUGCCGAGGAGUCUCGCAACGUCACCAUUACUCGCGCGCGCCCCAGCACAGCGACCGAUAUGUUCACAACUUACGAGCCUCCUGCCACACGAGGUGAUCCCGGUACCAUCAUCAUCGAGACUCCUCUUGUCAGAGUCGCUGGAAACGAUCCAACCACUGUUGACGAGACCACGACUACUGAGGAGACUACUACCUUGGAGGAGCCCAGCGCCAGCAACGUCACCAUCACCGAGGUGGUCAGCACCAUCACAAGACCUUAUACCACCUACUCGCCAGCUGGUGCUAGGGGUGAUCCCGGUACUGUCAUCAUUGAGCUUCCGCCGGACCACAACGUCACUGUCACCGAAUACGUCAGCUCGAGAACUGCUCCUUACACUACCUAUUCUCGUGCCGCUGUUCAAGGUGAUCCCAACACGGUGAUAAUCGAGCUUCCUCCUGAGCGCAACGUGACCACAACCGAAUACGUCAGCACCAUCACUGCCCCCUACACGACUUAUUCACCUCCAGGCGCAGCCGGAGAUCCUGGUACCGUUAUCAUCGAGCUACCCCCGGAGAGGAACGUCACAACAACCGAAUAUGUGAGCACCAUUACCGCUCCUUACACGACCUAUUCUCCUCCUGGAGCUGCGGGCGACCCUGGCACCAUUAUCAUCGAGCUUCCACCUGACCGCAACGUCACAACAACCGAGUAUGUGAGCACGAUAACUGCUCCUUACACAACGUAUUCGCCCCCAGGUGCUGCUGGCGAUCCUGGCACUAUCAUUAUCGAGCUGCCCCCUGAGAGGAACGUGACCACAACCGAGUACGUGAGCACCAUAACGGCGGCCUACACAACCUAUUCGCCUCCUGCUUCUCCCGGCGACCCAGGCACGAUCAUCAUCGAGCUUCCUCCUGAUAACAACGUUACCAUCACCGAGGUAGUCAGCACGAUCACUGCUCCUUACACAACCUACUCCCCCCCUGGAGCCGCUGGCGACCCAGGCACCGUCAUCGUAGAGCUUCCUCCCGAUCACAAUGUGACCAUCACGACGGAGAUCGAAACCAUCACGGAGCCCUACACCACGUACUCACCACCCGCAAACCGAGGCGAUCCAGGCACUAUCAUUAUCGAGCUACCACCGGAUCGCAAUGUGACUAUCACGAAGGAGGUCUACACAAUCACAGAGCCAUACACCACCUACUCGGCACCCGCCAACCGUGGUGAUCCCGGAACUGUCAUUGUUGAGCUUCCCCCUGACCGCAACGUGACCGUGACGACUGUCAUCGAGACAAUCACCCAGGCAUACACAACAUACGCAUCGCCCGCCCACCGUGGCGAUCCUGGAACCGUCAUUGUCGAGUUACCGCCGGAUCACAAUGUUACGAUCACAACCCAGGUCGACUCGAUUACAGCGCCAUAUACGACUUACUCGCCUCCAGCCAACCGAGGCGACCCUGGUACUAUUAUCGUCGAAUUGCCGCCGGACUCCAAUGUCACGAUCACAACCGAAGUCGAUACGAUUACAGCGCCUUAUACCACUUACUCGCCUCCAGCCAAUAGAGGCGACCCUGGUACGAUUAUCGUGGAGAUGCCGCCGGACCGCAACGUCACUAUCACGACGGUUGUUGAUACCAUCACCGCACCUUAUACAACCUAUUCGCCUCCUGGCAACCAAGGAGACCCCGGAACCGUCAUCAUCGAAUUGCCCCCUGACCAUAACGUCACUAUCACAACCGAGGUUGAGACCAUUACGGAACCUUAUACUACCUACUCGCCGCCUGCGAACAGAGGAGAUCCCGGUACAAUUAUCGUGGAGAUGCCUCCUGAGCGCAACGUGACCACCACCGUUGCUGGACCCAGCACCCUCACAGGCCGCUACACUACCUACUCGCCUCCCGGACGCGCUGGAGACCCCGGCACAAUCAUCGUCGAGACACCACCCCACCACAACAUCACGAUCACUACCGAGGGUGACGAAACGCUCACCGGUCCAUUCACUACCUACAUCCCGCCCGAAUCUGAAGAUGAUCCGGGUACCAUUCUCAUCGAGACUCCAAGAGCCAGGUACCACAUCUCGUGCGCCUACGACCACGAGUUCUACAACUACAUCUUCUACUACGUCUACCACCACAUCUCGUGCACCAACCACGAGUUCCUCGACCACUUCUUCUACUACGUCUACAACCACAUCUCAUGCUCCAACCACGAGCUCAUCAACUACAACAUCUCCAGUGCUGCAGCGGCUACCGUCCGAUUCGAUUGCGAUGUCUACGGAUAUCUCUUCCAGAAGACUUCACUCUACCGUGUUGAGAUUACCACUGGAAAGACCACCCUCAUCAAGUCAGGCAUCGGCCCUGGUGGUUGGAUCAACGGUAUCGGUUACAACCGCUACGACGAUUACAUCUACGGCAUGGUUAUGGAUGACACGGGCUCUCAGCUUAUCCGAAUCGGCGCAGAUGGUGGCUGGACCCUACUCUCUGCCCGUGUCUCCAACCGCAACGUCAUCAUGGGUGAUAUCGAUAACCAAGGUCGCUACUGGUUCUCUGAUGCUGGUCGACCUUGGUGGGCCAUCGAUCUCUACCCCGGCUCUUCCACCUAUGGCAAGAUUAUCCUGAGCGGAACAGCAACUCACGAUGAUGGUAUGGCCGAUUGGGCAUUCGUCCCUGGAGGCGGUGACUACAUGUAUGCCAUCCAGUACACAUCCACAUCCUCCACCUUGACCCGGUUCAGCCGCACAAGCUACACCUGGCAGACCCUCAAGGCGUUCGGCAACAUCACAGGCAACAACGUCUGGGGUGCCCUGUACGCGGCCGCCGACGGAAACUUGUACGGUUCCGAAAACACCAGCGGCAACAUCUACAAGUUCCCCAUUGCCCCCACCAUCGGAACUCCCAAGUUCCUCGCCGCGGGACCCGUGUCAAGCUGGAACGACGGAGCCAGAUGUAUCGACAGCGAGUCUAUUGUCGCCUAA